UCAUUUAUUCUUUCUAGUUGUGAAACCUAGUUCUGACAUGGCUGCGUAGGUGAAAAUCUUUAUUAUAUGGAGUCUCCAGUUUCCAUUCAAAUCCGCCGACAGCGCAAUAAUUUCCAACUCUUUAAGGCAAAGAUCCCACCAUCCUCUUAAAAACUGAACCCCCUCUCAAUGCUUCCAUAUUUAUGAGAUCUCUGCAAGUUUUUUUCUUCAAACCAAAAAAACAUGGUACAAACAAAGAAAUUCAGAGGUGUUCGGCAGCGUCAGUGGGGCUCUUGGGUAUCUGAGAUUCGCCAUCCUUUACUGAAAAGAAGGGUAUGGCUAGGCACGUUCGAGACGGCUGAGGCAGCGGCAAGAGCAUAUGACCAGGCUGCCAUUUUGAUGAAUGGACAAAAUGCCAAGACCAAUUUUCCUCCUGCUACUGCUCACAAAGAUGAUUCUCCAUUGCCUCCCAAGGCUCUUUCUGAGCUUCUCAAUGCUAAGCUCAAGAAAUGUUGCAAAGACCAGUCUCCAUCUCUUACUUGCCUCAGGCUUGACACUGAUAAUGCCCACAUUGGAGUUUGGCAAAAACGUGCAGGCACUCGUUCCAGUUCCAGUUGGGUCAUGAGGGUUAAUCUUGGGAAUAAGAAGACAACUACACCGCCAUCGGAAGAUGGACCGGCAUUAUCAUCGCCACCUAUAGCCGAUGAGAUUGAAGGGGAAAGUCACGUAUUGGGAGAAGAAGACAGGAUUGCACUGCAGAUGAUAGAAGAAUUACUCAAUUGGAAUUGUCCUAUGGUUUCAACUUCAAGUGGAGUUUAAAAAAAGCCAUAUCCAUAUAGCUUGCUCAUAAACACCAUUGAUCUCACUGUAAAACUGGUGCAAUAAGCAGUAUUUUUUUAUUUACCUGGUAACUGUGAAAUUUACUAUAUCAACAUAAAGCAAGCACCAAUGCCAGUGGCUUCAGGAACCUGAAUUACCCAUAUGCUUGAAUUGUCAACUUCUCCUUGUUCCCUACUUUUGUUACUAAUAUAUAGGUGUCUGUCAUGGUGGGGUAUGAAGCAGCAGCUAAUGCAAGGGUUAAUAGAUCAAAUGACCUUUUAAAUGUGUCUUAUUAAUAGGUUAAUGUUCUAAGUAGGGCUAAUUACAUCCGUUUAGCUAGCUGCUGGAAUAUUUAGGAUCUUGUAACGUAUUAGCAGGGCUAUGCUUUAUUAAUGAAUAAC